AUGUCCGCAACGGCAGAUAACGACCUCUCCGCCUCGCUCCUUUCCACCACCACCAACACCUCCAAAGCGACAGACCCUUCCCAUCAACACAACCUGACAACCAGUGCCAACACCCACAACAACAACAACAACAAUGCCAACAGCGCGAAGGCUGACCCCUCAAAGUCGGGGACAGCAGCAGAGCGCGCAAUGGCGUGGAAGCCCUCCCUGGACCGCCGCCAGAGCUGGUCCUCGCAGGAGUGGAAGCACGACGUGCAGACGCGGCAGUACGUCGUUGGCCGCGGGCCAGGCGGCGGGUUCUCGGAGGCUUGA